AUGUCCAUCUACGCGACGCCGACCGCGUCGAUCAGAGGCAACGUGCCCGCAGUCACGAACGCGAUUAUCAACGCCCGGAACGACCUGGAGAGACGGCAGCCACAAUCAGACAACCAGUCGUCCUUCGCCUCGCCGCUCAACUUCCAACUCUUCGACUCUCGCGCCGCAAUGGCGCUCGAGCUCGUCGGAAAGCUGCACAGGGUCAGCAUCCCUCGCUCCUUCGCUCCAAGCACUCUGAACCGCUCCACUGCUUCUGCACCCUUCCUUCCCUGUCGACCUGCCCCUUCCCCAGAGCAGUGCUCGCCCAUCUCCGCCACCGGCCUCGAGCUCGCUAGAGCCAACGCCUGCCAGGUGCAGCGCGUGUGCUGCGAAAGCAACAACGCCAUAGAGACCCGGGGCGGCGUGUAG